AUGUUAACCCUACCCCCCAAAUCCUCGUCUACUUCUUCCUCCUUCCACUCAAGUUGCACCUCGUACACAAAACGGCCAACGACUCGGAGAUCAGCUAGAUUGGAAUUUGGACACGAAGUUAAACCAGUCACAGCGAAGGACAGUUUUGCUUCACUGAGAGCACUGCAUACAGCUACGCUUGCUGCUCCUACGAGUGUAUCAGCUCAGUUGAGUUGUCUGCUGGAUAGUUUCAGUGAUUUGCCUGGGACAAAUCCGAGAUUUCAACAACAGGUGGACGCAUAUGCGAAACGGUGCUCACUUUCAUUGGGAAGUCAGGCCAUAAGGCAGAGUGUGCGGCCCACAGAAUACGAACUGUUGGCACGCUUUCUCGAGGAGAGCGGACUGAAACCAAAGUUGAGUUACAUCGCCGAGGAAAAUACUUUGAUAGUAGAAAUGCCAUCCGCCAUUCACGAAGCCCCAUUGGUACCAUUCCACACCGCAUUUAUAUGUUUUUUCCGGUCCAUCGACUUCGACCGCUCGUUACUUAAUGUAUGCGUACUGUGCAACACAGAGGCGUCCUCGAUCAACCCUAUCAUCCCGGACUUGAGAGUUUCCAUCCAAGAUAUGUCUAGCACCACAAAGAAAGUCUAUGUCUCUGUCCUCGGAGAGACUGCUUUUUCACAAAAUCGACGCACUUUAUUGAAGAAGUUCAAAGACGCUGUAGGACACGAGCUGGCGCUGGGCUCGUAUCGAGCUAUUUCACAGUACACGUCAAAUACCCGUCACAUGCUAAUCACUUCCCGAUGUUAUCCGACGCUAACCUGA